AAUUUUCAUUUCAUCGUCUAAAUUAUUCCUUUUUCCUCCAAAAAUCGCCGUAUAAUUAUGGCAUUUUUGCUCCUCCUACUAUUCCUAGCAGCAACUACUGUAACUUCCCACUCCCACGCCUCAGAACUCAGCUUCCUCCAUCAAAUCCACCUUCUUCGCCCCCAAUCCGGGGCGGCCGGCGACCAUCUUCCUGGCAUAACUUGCCUGAGUUGGCGUCUUGGUGUUGAAACUAACAAUAUCGUUGGAUGGAUAACAGUUCCUGGGGAAUGUGAAGGUUAUGUAGGGCAUUACAUGUUAGGCCAACAAUAUCGAGAAGAUUCUAAAGCCGUCACCGACGAGGCUUUUCUCUAUGCCGCCAGCCUCAAGCUGGCCGGGGACGGCAAUGACAUAUGGAUCUUUGACAUUGAUGAGACUACACUUUCAAAUUUACCCUACUAUGCUUCCCAUGGAUUUGGGGCACAACCAUUCAAUGCAACACUGUUCAACAAAUGGGUUCUGGAAGGCAAAGCUCCAGCGUUGCCAGAGUCUUUGAAACUGUACAGGAAACUAAGAUCUCUUGGAAUCAAAAUUGUCUUCAUUACAGGAAGAACUGAAGAUCAGAGAACUGUCACAGCCAACAAUCUGAAGAAGGCUGGUUACAGCUCAUGGCUGAAGCUUAUACUCAAGUCAUCUUCUUAUUCAGGAAAAACAGCAGUUUUCUACAAAUCAAGCGAAAGGGCAAAGCUUGAGAAGAAUGGUUACAGAAUCAUUGGAAACAUUGGUGAUCAAUGGAGCGAUCUCUUGGGUACUAAUACAGGAAAUCGAACGUUCAAGUUGCCUGAUCCAAUGUACUACAUUAGUUAAUUUGUAUUAGUGAGUUGUAUUCGACUUCAUUUCAAUGAAUAAAACUUCCAAUGAAAUUAAUUUGAUUA